AUGGAAGUAACGCCGGAGCAGGCCGCUGCGGCCAAAAUAUUCCAGUCACUUAAGGACAACAAAGAAGCUUUCUACUCGAAUCUUAAGGGUGGGUCGAUAGCAGAGAUUAAUUUUGUCACUGCCGUAGCGCCGAUUGCGUAUUUUAUCUAUGCCGCACUUCAAACCCGAAAAGGCUUCUUUCAAUCAGAUGAAUAUUCUCUACCGUUAUUCCUGAUAGACUUCGGAUUAAACGCCGCAGCUCUUUUGCUUUCGAUUACCGUAUACUCCCAGUAUGCGUUAUACUUCAGUCUCUUCCUCGCCCUUAACGGGUGUGUUAUCUAUUUCGCACAGUCUCCAUUGACUCAAUCGAAACAACGGAAACCACCACCGAAGGAUGAUGCGGCGAAGGAAUUAUCUGAGAAAGAGAAACUGGAUGUUUAUCUUCCGAAAAAGGCGUUCAUUACCGCUUGGAGGGGUAGCAUGAUGAUGGUCACUUGUCUUGCUAUCCUCGCGGUAGAUUUUCCUGUAUUCCCAAGACGGUUCGCUAAAGUCGAGACCUGGGGUCAGAGCUUGAUGGAUCUCGGCGUCGGUUCCUUCGUCUUUGCGAACGGUGUCGCCACCGCCCGCGGUAUCCUACGAGAUGCCCACAUCAGCAAAACCGCACCUUUACUCGUCCGUCUAAAACGAAGCUUGCGAAGUUCUCUAGCCCUACUAGCUCUCGGUCUCGUCAGACUUCUCCUUACCAAAACCGCCGAUUAUCAUGAACAUAUCACCGAAUACGGAUUACACUGGAACUUCUUCAUGACACUUGGAUGUCUACCUCCCUUUGUGGCAUUAUUCCAGGGAGUUUUUACGAAGAUGGCGUUUCCUGAGCUAUUGGCUAUUUGUACUGGUGCUGGAUAUCAGUUGGUUUUAUUCAACUAUGGACUUCAGAAUUGGGUUCUUCUUGCCGAACGUACUAAUAUCAUCAAUGCGAAUAAAGAAGGCAUUGCUUCGUUUUUCGGAUACCUUGCUAUCUUCCUAGCAGGUCAAGCAACAGGCAUGAGAAUACUACCCCUUCAACAGCAAUCACAACCACAAGCCAAACAAUCACAAUCCCAAAGCAAACAAUCACAAACAUCCAGCAAGAAGAAACCAUCCACUCAAAGUGCAGCCAAAAGACCACUUAUCAAACCAUUAUUGCUUCAAGCAAUCGUAUGGACGAUGUUAUACCAGUUAACCGAUAACUACAAGUACGGCAUGAUUAAUACACAGAUCUCGAGAAGAAUAGCGAAUAUGCCUUAUAUAUGCUGGGUCGCGGCGUUUAACUGCUGGCAGCUUUUGGCGUUUUAUUUGAUCGAGGCGGUAUGUUGGGGUGAUUCGGAAUCUGCUGGUGGGAAGAAUAGUUCAGUGGCGUCGUAUGAGGAGAGGAGUCCGAGGUUGUUGAGGGCGUUUAAUAGGAAUGGAUUGAUUAUUUUUUUGGUGGCGAAUAUUGCUACCGGGCUGGUUAACAUGACCAUGAAUACGAUAGAAACUAAAACACCGGUUUCUAUGAGUGUUUUGUUUGCAUACGCCGUUGGUUUGAGCAGUUUAGCUGUUGGACUUGAUCUAAAAAAUAUCACGAUCAAGUUGUAG